AUGUGCAACGGCUCGCACAAAGCGCCCCCGCUUCGAAAACUCGACAAAGGAUCUUCACUCACUGGGAGCAUGGCUGGCCAAAUGCCUCCGGAACGGCCCUUGUGUGCUGGCUGGAUGACCAAGAUUGGCAUGCACAGUGGCAAAUGGCAAGCACGAUACUUUGUCUUGACCCCCAGUGCGCUCAGCUACUUUGCCGAUGUGGGUGGAAAGUAUAAAGGCGCCAUCCCUGUCAAGGGCGUGAUCAGCAUCGACGGUGUCCGACCCGGUGCUCCCAUCGCUCAAGAGGCCUGCACCGUGGCGGCAAAGCGUCCGGUGGGGGACCACGCCAUCAAGAUCACUGCCAAGGUAGACGGAAAUUACCGCAGCUUUUAUCUUGAAACGCCCAGUGACAAGGACUUUAGCAUCUGGCUCAAGACUUUGCAAGCAGUCAAGGAUGGUAAAAUUGGACAGGCCGGUGGAGCACAACAGUCCAGCAAAGCUGCUCCUGCGGGCCCAACCCCGACACUCAUUCCCAAAUCAGAGCAAGCCGGUCGGCUCGAUAUUUCACGCCAGCCUUGGUGGAAGCCCAAGUGGACCGAAGAGCAAGCGGCACAGGUUCUGACUCAGGGUCCUGAGGGGGCCUUCUUCCUCACUGAGACCCCCAACAAGAAGCACUGCUUCACCGUCAACUUGCAGACAGGGAACAAGGUGGUCAAAUUGAUCCUCGUGUUUCGUAAGCAGGACGGUCGCAACUACUGGUGCCUAGGCUUGAUGUUCUUCGAACACAUCCUGGACUUUGUCAUGCAUUACUCUCGUCGGCCCAUUAACCUCAAGGCCAUCAACAAGCGCAUUGCGCUGAGCUUGGCCAAUACCCGCGAAGCUCUGGCCAAGUUCAAAGCCGCGCAGCGCCGCAGUAGCUCCGGCACUAGCAGUCACAAGGCGUCAGUGUCCGACGAUACGGAGGAGGCCCCAAAAGUGAAGCUUGGUCCAGAAUUGGCUGCCAUUGCCCAGUCCGUCAAAGAGAUUGCCGGUCAGAUAGAAAACUUGAGGACCGGUCUGGCUGAGCACGAAGCCAGCCUGUCCGACUUUGGUGAAAACAUCAAUUCCAGUCGAGUCUCGGCCGAGAUCAUCAACUCCACAGUCCUCCAAGCUUUGGAACACGCUCAGAGCCGCAUCAUUGAUCAAGAGGAGCGCGUGGCCAACAUGCAAGCACUCAUAGAUGCUGGCGACGUGUGUGCUCCAGACCCCAUGAUGGCUGACGCGGUUCGAGAUCAGUUAGAGGCCGCUCGCAGUCAGGUUCAGGACGUUCAGCAACUCUUUGAUGCCAAUGCCAAGGCCCUUGAGGCUGCCCUUGCUCGCGCCGAAAGCAUGGUGGAGAAAGCCAACCGGGCCGUCGAACCGGCCAAGGGCAUGCUGCAACCGGUCAGCUACAUGCUGGAGCUUGCUGAGAAGACUCUUGCCCAGGGGGGGCACCCCGGUGAUGUGAAAGCCAACUCCUCUGUCAUGCUAGACCAAGCCGCCAACACCCUGGAGCAGACUGGCCAAAGUCUAGAACAGAUGGAUUACAACGUCAACGAGGUCCUUGACGAGGUUGACGAGACACUGGACGACGUACUCGGUCCUGUACAGGGCGGUGAAGAGGGUGUUGAUGCCCCCGUUGAUGACAUUUCUGCUUAUGUGCAAGACAAUGCGAGCGAUGCUCCCGCCCCAGAGGCCAAUGAGGUCCAGGGCCAGGAGGGGCAUGGGGAUGCGGGUGCAGAUGAUGACGAUGACGAUGAUGACGUGAUUGACAUCAUGUUGGGCGCGCCUUCCCGCCAACUUGACCCCAACAACGUACCAGCGGGGCAAAUUGCUGACCCCACCUUGCACCAAGCCAUGACAUCGCUCUCCAAGGGUGACACUUAUUCAUUGGACGCCGAUGAAGCUGCCAAUGCGCGUGAGCAGGAACAACGCAAAGCAGCUGCGACGGCCCGAGUUGAGUCUGACGAGCGGGAGGUGAGGACAUGGAUUGAGGAUUGCUUGCAGCGCGCUCUCGGCACCGAGCCCCUAGCCGAGACUUUGCAUGAUGGAGUUGUUCUUUGUGAGGUUAUGAAUGCGUUGAUGCCAGGCGCCGUCUCCCACAUGAACCGCUCCAAAAUGACAUUUCAACAAAUGGAAAACAUCGGUUUUGCCUUGUCAGCCAUGGCCAACUAUGGACUGCGGGAUGAGUACAGCUUCCAGACGGUUGAUCUGUUUGAGCAGCAGAACAUGCCUGGCGUCAUCAAUGCCCUGGUUCAUCUCAAAAGCCUGGCGAGCUCGAAGGGAUUUGUUCCUGAAACAUUUGCCAGUAAUACGGCCGCUGCUGCUGCUCACGUGGCGGACGAACGUGCGGCCGAGGCCGAGGCUGAGAACGUGGCACAGGCCAAGGUGGAGGCGGUCAAGGCCGCGCAUGUGGCCGAUGAUCAAGCUGCCGAGGCUGCCGCCAUGACACAAGCUGCUGCUGCUGCUCACGUGGCGGAUGAGCGUGCGGCCGAGGCCGAGGCUGAGAAUGUGGCACAGGCCAAGGUGGAGGCGGUCAAGGCCGCGCAUGUGGCCGAUGAUCAAGCUGCCGAGGCUGCCGCCAUGACACAAGCUGCUGCUGCUGCUCACGUGGCGGAUGAGCGUGCGGCCGAGGCCGAGGCUGAGAACGUGGCACAGGCCAAGGUGGAGGCGGUCAAGGCCGCGCAUGUGGCCGAUGAGCAAGCUGCCACAGCGCAGCCAUGACACAAUUGCUGCUGCUGCUCACGUGGCGAUGAGCGUGCGGAAGAGGCCGAUGCCUGCAGAAUGUGGCACAGCAAAGGUGGAGCUCGGUCAAGGCUGCUAUCAUGUUUCCGAUGAUCAAGCUGCCGAGGCUGCCGCCAUGACACAAGCUGCUGCUGCUGCUCACGUGGCGGAUGAGCGUGCGGCCGAGGCCGAGGCUGAGAACGUGGCACAGGCCAAGGUGGAGGCGGUCAAGGCCGCGCAUGUGGCCGAUGAGCAAGCUGCCACAGCGAGCACAACGUCAUCAAUUGGUGAUUCAGGCCGUGGCAUGAGCAUGUCCGGUAAAAGUCUGCCUAUGCCUGCAAAGUAUCGUAGCAAAUAAAAGCUCGGCAUGGCCUCUAUCAUUGUUUCGUAUUGUCCAGCGUCGAUUGUAGUGAUGGCCGGUUCAGCUUCUUUGACAAUGCUGGCUACGCAUCAAUUAAACUUAGUUGC